AUGGCGCCAAACAACACACCAUAUCAACCCACCAUGACGCCAUGCAACACAGGCACAUCAACCCACCAUAGCACCAUACAACACACCAUAUCAACCCACCAUGACGCCAUACAACACAGCCAUAUUAACCCACCAUGGCGCCAUACAACACAGCCAUAUCAACCCACCAUGGUGCCAUACAACACAGCCACAUCAACCCACCAUGGCGCCAUACAAUACAGCCACAUCAGCCCACCAUGGCGCCAUACAACACAGCCACAUCAACCCACCAUGGCGCCAUACAACACAGCCACAUCAACCCACCAUGGCGCCAUACAACACAGCCACAUCAACCCACCAUGGCGCCAUACAACACAGCCACAUCAACCCACCAUAGCACCAUACGGCAAAGCCAUAUCAACCCACCAUGGCGCCAUGCAGCGCAGUCAUAUCAACCCACCAUGGCGCCAUGCAACACAGCCACAUCAACCCACCAUGGCGCCAUGCAGCACAGCCAUGUCAACCAACCAUAGCACCAUACGGCAAAGCCAUAUUAACGCACCAUGGCGCCAUGCAGCACAGCCAUAUCAACCCACCAUGUCACCAUACGGCAAAGCCAUAUCAACCCACCAUGGCGCCAUACAACACAGCCAUAUCAACCCACCAUGGCGCCAUGCAACACAGCCACAUCAACCCACCAUGGCGCCAUACAACACACCAUAUCAACCCACCAUGACGCCAUACAACACAGCCAUAUUAACCCACCAUGGCGCCAUACAACACAGCCAUAUCAACCCACCAUGGUGCCAUACAACACAGCCACAUCAACCCACCAUGGCGCCAUACAAUACAGCCACAUCAGCCCACCAUGGCGCCAUACAACACAGCCACAUCAACCCACCAUGGCGCCAUACAACACAGCCACAUCAACCCACCAUGGCGCCAUACAACACAGCCACAUCAACCCACCAUACAACACAGCCACAUCAACCCACCAUAGCACCAUACGGCAAAGCCAUAUCAACCCACCAUGGCGCCAUACAACACAGCCAUAUCAACCCACCAUGGCGCCAUGCAACACAGCCACAUCAACCCACCAUGGCGCCAUAUACACAACCAUAUCAACCCACAAUGGCGCCAUACAGCACAGCCUUUAUUAAUCCACCAUGGCGCCAAACAACACAGCCAUUUUAA